AAAAUGAAAAAAUCGAACGACGUAGAGACGACUCAGGAUGAAGAAUGGCGAUGAUGGUGUCUGAUUCCAUUGUUACGACUCAAGUAAGUACUAUACCAAAAAAAUCCAAUCGAUCGAUCAAAUUGGGAUUAGGGUUUCACAUUAGAUUGAAAUGGAUUACUCUACAGAGUUUUCUAUGGAUCGUCGUCCUCGUAAAAGGGCUAAAUUAGCUUGGGAAAUUCCUCAAACCCACUCAAAGGUUCAUUCGGGGAUUUAUUGUGGACAAGAGUUUGCUAAUGCGACAACAAGCUAUGGAACACUGAGGGUACUUCCUGACCAUGCUGGUCUUGCGAUAAAGGGAUUGGCUGAAAGAGGUUCUCCUCAAUGGCGAGAUGAUGACAAAGAUGGACAUUACAUGUUUGCGCUUGGAGAAAAUUUAACUUCUCGGUAUAAGAUCCUCAGGAAAAUUGGUGAAGGGACUUUUGGUCAGGUUUUGGAAUGCUGGGAUAGAGAAAUGAGGGAGAUGGUUGCCAUAAAAGUUGUGAGGAGUGUUAAGAAAUAUCGUGAAGCAGCAAUGUUAGAAGUUGAUGUGCUCCAGUUGCUUGGGAAGUAUGACAGGAGUGGCAGCCGCUGUGUUCAAAUACGCAACUGGUUUGACUACCGGAACCAUAUUUGUAUUGUAUUUGAGAUGCUUGGACCGAGCUUAUAUGAUUUUCUCCGGAAGAACAACUAUCGCCCGUUUCCGGUUGAUCUUGUCCGUGAGCUAGGAAGACAAUUGUUGGAAAGUGUCGCAUUCGUGCAUGAUCUGCGCCUCAUCCACACUGACUUGAAGCCUGAAAAUAUACUUUUUAUUUCCCCAGAAUAUGUAAAAGUGCCUGACUACAAGGUCAUGUUCCGGUCACCAAAAGAGGGAACCUCUUAUAAGAGGCUGCCAAAGUCAAGUGCAAUUAAGGUUAUCGAUUUUGGUAGUACGGCCUAUGAGCACCAAGAUCACAACUAUAUUGUCUCUACUCGCCAUUAUAGGGCACCCGAGGUUAUUCUUGGACUUGGUUGGAAUUUUCCUUGUGACAUAUGGAGUAUUGGUUGCAUUUUGGUUGAGUUGUGUUCGGGAGAAGCUUUAUUUCAGACGCAUGAAAAUUUAGAGCAUCUAGCCAUGAUGGAGAGGGUUUUAGGCCCAAUACCUCAGCACAUGUUGAAACGAGUAGACCGUGCCGCAGAGAAGUAUGUCAGAAGGGGUAGACUGAACUGGCCUGAAGGAGCAGUCUCUCGAGAAAGCAUCAAAGCUGUCUUGAAACUACCCCGUCUUCCUAAUCUGGUGAUGCAGCAUGUGGAUCACUCAGCCGGAGAACUUCUUGAUCUCUUGCAGGGUCUACUUCGGUUUGACCCCAUCAGCAGGAUGAAGGCUCAUGAAGCACUCAGGCAUCCCUUUUUUACUGGGGAGCAUUACCCGAGGUAUUGAAUAUAGGGUUCAUCACGUCAUCGGCAAUAGAUAAUUGGUUGUUGUGUUGUGUUUGGCUAUAGAUAACCGAAACAUCUGUAACUGUAAGUGUUCUUUGCUUGUUGGUUCUUUUUUCUUGAUAUAUCACCGAGUGUGGGGGGUUAAUUACCCCUUUAUAUUUGCCUACUUUUGUAGAUAAAUUUAUUGUGGAGGAUAUUUCUCCAUCUCCAUUUUUGUACCAUUAAAAUGUAAUUAUAAGCAUUUUAUUUUCGA